CCCUCAUGCUUGCUCCUUAAUUUCUUUACCAACAGCGAACAUAUAAAGCGCAAAAGAAAAAGAGAGAGAGAUAAAGAAAGAAAAGAGAGAGAGAGAGAUAGCAAGAAAAAAAAUGGAGGACGACAAUAACAAUAGCAACACCAACACCAACGUGAUCGCACCUUUCGUUGGGAAGACAUAUCAGAUGGUCAACGACCCUUCGACCGAUUGGCUCAUAACUUGGGGACCUGCUCACAACAGCUUCAUCGUCGUUGACCCUCUCGACUUCUCUCAACGGAUCUUGCCUGCUUACUUCAAACACAACAAUUUCAGCAGCUUCGUUCGUCAGCUCAAUACCUAUGGGUUUAGGAAAGUGGAUCCAGAUCGAUGGGAAUUUGCGAACGAGCAUUUUCUAAGAGGGCAGAAGCAUUUGCUGAAGAACAUAGCGCGUAGGAAACACGCACGGGGGAUGAUGUACGGUCAAGAUUUGGAGGACGGAGAGAUAGUGAGGGAGAUCGAGAGGUUGAAAGAUGAGCAGAGGGAGCUUGAGUUGGAGAUUCAGAGGAUGAACCAAAGGAUAGAGGCGACGGAGAAGAGACCGGAGCAGAUGAUGGCGUUUCUCUACAAGGUCGUCGAGGAUCCUGAUCUCCUCCCGAGGAUGAUGCUUGAGAAAGAGAGGACGAAGCAGGUCUCCGACAAGAAGAAGCGUCGUGUGACGGUGAAAUCAGAGGAAAUGGGAGAGGAAGAGGAGGAAAACGGGAGGGUGUUUGGUGUUAUCUCUCCGUCACCGUCUCCGCCGGAGAAUCUUUACCGGACUCAGUCGCCGGAGAGUUCGUUGGGGUGGGUUGUUCCGAUGCAUAGGCAGGGGCAGUUUGGUAAUUACAACGAGACAGGUCUGGUUGCGAGCUCGAUGAUCUCGACUUCAUCUUCGUCUACGUCAUCAUCGUUAACAUCGACGUUAUCGUUGCCGGAGAGCGUUAACGGAGGAGGAGGAGGAUGUGGGAGUAUUCACGGAGGAGAAACAAGGUUCAAUGAAACGGCGACGUUUGGAGGAGUGGUAGAGUCAAAUCCACAAACACCGCCUUAUCCGUUUUCUUUGUUUCGAGGUGGUUUUUAGAUUUUUUUUUAGCUUCACAUGAUAUAUGAUCUUGGUUCUUGUUAUUGAUUUUUUUUUUUUUUUUGGCUUUCUUAAUUAUUUAUGUAUAACAAGAAAAAUAAAAGAAAAGAAAAGGAAAAAAGACAGAUCGAUAGUUGUUAGUUACGUGAGUAUUAGGACAGGGAGACAGAGUCUGUAGUCAUAUCGAUUUUAUAGAAAAGUUGACAGUACUUAUAUUUUUCGAUUGUAUUGUUAAAAGUUCAUAUGUUUGACUUUGUUUUUUAAGUGAUUCGAGGGGAUUUUGUAACUUAUUCACACUUUGCAAUGACAACAAUUUUGAUCUACUUUGGUGUUUUUAUUUUAUUUUUGAAUUAUGUUGUUAAAGCCCUCUCUCUUUUGUAAUAACAAUAAAACAGGCUUCAGAGCCUUCACUUAUUUGGCGACUUUAAUUUUUAUAAUGUUAUACUUUAAAAUUAGUAUUAUAAAUUCUUUACCAAACAAAAUACUUCUCCACCAAACGAUGGUCUCUGGCCA